AUGCGUGCUGCCAGCCGGGACCAGAGGCCUCAGCCCGCACCUGCGGGGCGCCCUACCUGUCCGCUAUGCCUCACACGGGCCAGGCCCGGGCCGCGGCUGCGGCACGGGCCGCGGCAGCCGGGGCCCUCCGAAAGGCAGGGGGUCCGCCACAUUUACAGAGUUCCAGGGGACUUAGGUAAUCAGCUGGAAGCAAAGUUAGAUAAGCCAUCAGUAGUGCAUUAUCUAUGCUCCAAGAAGACAGACAGUUAUUUUACACUCUGGCUGAAUUUAGAAUUGCUUCUGCCUGUCAUCAUUGACUGCUGGAUUGAUAAUAUCAGGCUGGUAUAUAAUCGAACAAGUAAGAUUACAGAACCACCAGAUGGAGUGGAUAUUAGAGUCCCAGGUUUUGGGCAGACUUUCUCCUUGGAAUUCCUUGACCCAAGUAAAAGGAGUGUUGGCAGUUACUUUUAUAUGCUGGUGCAGAGUUUAGUAGAUUGGGGCUACAAACGUGAUGAAGAUGUACGAGGAGCACCUUAUGACUGGCGAAAGGCACCAAAUGAGAAUGGAGACUAUUUUGUGGCCCUUCGCAAGAUGAUAGAGCUAAUGUAUGAGCAGUAUGGAAGUCCUGUUGUCUUAAUUGCCCACAGUAUGGGUAAUAUGUACACCCUCUAUUUCCUCAACCAUCAGACUCAGGAUUGGAAAGACAAGUACAUAAAGGAUUAUGUGUCAUUAGGUGCUCCAUGGGGAGGAGUGGCUAAAACUCUCCGUGUGCUGGCUUCAGGUGACAACAACAGAAUACCUGUUAUCAGUUCACUCAAGAUUAGAGACCAGCAGAGAUCAGCAGUUUCCACAAAUUGGAUGCUUCCUUACAACUACACAUGGCCUCCAGAUAAGAUCUUUGUAAGCACACCUACAGCUAACUACACUCUUCAGGAUUACAGAAAAUUCUACAGGGACAUCAAUUUUGAAGAUGGCUGGCUCAUGAGACAAGACACUGAACACCUGGUCUACCAGAUGACACCGCCUGGUGUGCGUAUACACUGUCUUUAUGGUACUGGUGUGGAAACACCCGAUUCCUUCCAUUAUGAAAGUUUUCCUGACAAAGAACCCAAGAUUCUUUACAGCGAUGGGGAUGGUACAGUAAACUUACAGAGUGCCUUGCAAUGUCAAAAGUGGGUGGACAUGCAAAAACAGGAAGUGGUGAUAUUUGAGCUUUCAGGAAAUGAGCAUAUUCAAAUGCUAUCCAAUGAUACUACUAUCUCCUACGUGAAAAAGCUGCUUUUUGAUUUGUGAUACCUUGUGUUGACAGUUACUCUCCUCACCUGUGAUGCCUUCCCUUAAAUAUGGGAAAAUACCUUUUAAUCCCUUGAUAUUUAGAUAUUUGAAUUAUUUAUUUUGUGUUCUUUUUUUUAAGGCUGUGUUUAAGAAGUUGUUUGGUGUCCUAAAUGAUCAUUUGUCCCCUAUUUGUGUUUAUGAUGCUUCAUAGUAUUUUCACAUUCUGCAAAUUUGCUCAAAUAUGCAUUUUGGUGCCUCUGGUGUUGUGUCCAAUAUUCAUACAGACUUUCAUUUGGAGAUUGUGUAGCCCCUUGCACAUACUACAUAGAAUCAUAGAUACCUGAGUUCCUUUGUGUGGUCUUUGCAGGGUUUGGAGUGGGAGGGCUAGGAAGGAUUGCAAUUUUAGAUGCCCAUAAAACAAGGGAAUGAUAUUAACAGUUUGGGAAGCACAGUGAACUUUUUAAAGGGUCUUGCAUAUUCUGAUUCACAGUUCCCAGUACCUUAAUUUGUAAAUGUGCAUAUCUACUAGCUAAGAUAGGGAAGAGCUCUGCCUGGAACUGUACUACCUUUGUCAUAAUCUAGCCUUUCUUUUAUUACAGCUUUUGGGGGGGGGGGAAGUGUGUGAAUUACUUGAAGCUUAUUAUUAGGUAACUUUUUUUUUUAAAAGAAGAAAUUGUUUGCUCAAAUUCUAGAACCUGAUUACAUACAAUCUGGAGUCUGAGGAAUCCUCACUUUGUGCUUUAUUUAUCAAUGAGGGAAAGAAGCUAAACAGUGGUUAGUGCUUGCAAUAACUGUAGCUCUGUGGAGUAGCACAUAAAUUAAAGCUCAUUGAAUUGAAUACUGGCAAACAAUCCAUACAGUGCAGAAUUGCAUUUCUGGGUGAAAAGUGAUCUCAUGUAGUAGAAGUGAUAAUGGAUGGUGGGCAUUAAUUCAAAAAGAAAAGUGAACUUCCUGAAAUGGGGUGGGGAAUGGAAGUCAGCAUAAUACAGUAUGAAGUAUAAACCUUGUUCUCAGUCAAUACUUAAGCUCUGAUCUAGUUACUGAUCAAGUAGUGAUUGGAAGAACAUUGCAUUCAGCUGAAAAGCAACUCUACAUUUUAAGACUAAAAUCCAUUUCCCAUAGAUUACAAGUUUCAUUAUUGCUGUUAUAAGAAGUUGGGAUACACUGUUCCUUAAACAUUUCUGUAAACUGCUGAAUAUGCAACUCUGUUAAUUUCCUACAGUAUCAUUUUACUCAGUGUUUAAAAAAAAAUUCAACUCUCAACUCCACAGAAAUGAUAGCCUAAAGGCCAUCAUAUUUACAACCUUGAUUACAGAAGUCCUGCUGGAGAAAGUUUCACUUGAAGAUUCUCUUUUGCUUGCUUUAAAACUAGUCACCCAGUUAGACUGCACUUAGUUUUCUGAAAACACAAUUUUGAAUGCUUUCAAAAUGCUAGGUCCUCCAAGAAAACUGUUUUAAGAGUUUCAGAAACUCAUCAAAACUAUUGAGGAUUCAUUACUUAAACUGAAGUUGUCGAAAGGGUAAAGUUUUUAACUACUUUGGUAGCACGCAUAAAAUAUUUGCUGCCAUUAAACGUAUCAAUAAGAUAAGUUGAAAUGACAGUCUUGAACUCGUGUUACUGUAGAAUGCAAACAUUCUGGCACAGGAGAUAAGUUAAAGGCUUUAAGUUUUAAUUCAGAAAUUACUUGUAAAUGCAGAACAACUUGAACUAGGGUCAUGGAUAAGCUAAAUAGGUUUUAACUUCCUUAUUUAGCUUCCUUCCCCCUCCCCCCCCGCAUUUGCCCUAUUACUUUUGUUGAGAGCGAGUACACAUUUUCCUAGUUUUUAAAAUGGAAUGUUUAUCUCUUCCUCAGUUGCCCAGGGACCUACAGUUCAGCAGCAAUAUUGCCUAGACUUUUCCAGAGUAAGUACUGAGUUGCCCCCAGUCAUUUGUAAUUGGUAACUGUUGAAAUGGGG